CUGCCGCCGCCGGGCCGGGCGGGAGCCGGAGCGGAGCCGCCGUGCGCACCGACCAGCCGCGCCGAGGCGGACGCCCGCGGACCAUGAGCCGCCCACGCUCCGGGAGCUGCUGCGGGGCGGUGCGGGCAGAGCGGCGCUGAGCGCAACCCGGACCCGGAGCGCCGCGCGGGGAGGUUCUACCGACCUCUCCACGGCAAGUACAUCGGCCCAGGGAAGGUCAGCUUGAAGCUGAUGUAUCUCACGCUGUGUUCCCCCUGGUGGAGAUGAGAUCCUGAAGGAGGCUCUUCAAGGCCGAGUGGGAAGGGGCCCCUCAGACACGGGAAGCCUACUGGCUCAUCCGUUUGCCCACCCGCUAGUGUGCCAGGAAGCCUCCUGAGCGGAAAGAAAACAGUUUACAUGCCAAACGCUCCCUCAGCGCCCAACACCGACUCCCUCACAAGUGUUGUUAAAUAAAAAAGCCUGGCAUUUCCAAGAUGAGUAACCAAGACCAGUUCCUAUCCAUAAAGAAAAAAACUGCUUUGUCAGAUGGGUGCUAAUCUUAAGAACCUUGCCCUGUAACUCCUUCACCGUAUUGCUUGAAAUACAAUCCACGGAAAAAUUAUUCAUACUUCAAUCAUUUGGCUAGACUUCAUAAGUUUACUUCAAAAAGAAAAGGAUACUCUCCCUUCGAAAAGCCAAGCAAAAGUUCUAAGUGGAGAAGCCAAUUUUAUCUGUGGGGUAGUCCCAUCUGCCCGUGCUGUCUGUCUGACUUCGCAGAGAAGAUGGGAGCCACUGAUUUGAAUUGUAAAUUCUCUGUCAUGGUAAGGGCAGCUGAGGCAGUGACAUUUCCAGUUUGAAAUAUGAAAGUUCUUGAGGCUCCUUCAUCAGAUUGCCGUGUGUGAGUUCAACGUGAAAACACCCUGUAUCAGAACUGGAGAAGAAUCUAAGCAAGUGGGCUGUUUCCAGCUUGCAACAUCAUCAGGCUUUGCUGUUUUGUUUUAGCCAUCUGUGUAGAGCAAAGUUGAGAAUCAUGGCUGCAGGAAAAUUUGCAAGCCUUCCGAGAAACAUGGUUGUGAAUCACCAGUUCCCCUUGGCUUCGUCCAUGGACCUUCUGAGCAGCAAGUCCCCUCUCGCUGAACAUCGCACAGAUGCCUAUCAAGACGUGUCUAUACACGGCACUCUUCCACGGAAGAAAAAGGGCCCUCCUCCCAUACGGUCCUGUGACAAUGCCAGUCACAUGGGUACCCUCCCCCACUCCAAAUCUCCUCUACAGAGCUCACCUCUGACCAAGGACAUCAUCCAGGAAAACCCACUGCAAGACUGGAAAGGGGAAACCUUCACCUUCAGGGAUCCUUAUCUUCUGGACCCGACUCUGGAAUAUGUGAAGUUCUCCAAGGAGAGGCACAUCAUGGACCGGACCCCUGAGAGGCUGAAAAAGGAACUAGAAGAGGAGCUGCUGCUGAGCAGCGAGGACCUACGCAGCCAUGCCUGGUACCACGGCCGCAUCCCCCGGCAGGUAUCUGAAAACCUCGUGCAGCGAGAUGGUGACUUCCUGGUUCGCGACUCCCUGUCGAGCCCGGGAAACUUCGUCCUGACCUGUCAGUGGAAGAACCUCGCUCAGCACUUUAAGAUCAACCGGACUGUUCUGCGGCUCAGCGAGGCCUACAGCCGCGUACAGUACCAGUUCGAGAUGGAGAGCUUUGACUCCAUCCCUGGUUUGGUGCGCUGCUACGUGGGCAACCGGCGGCCCAUCUCCCAGCAGAGCGGUGCCAUCAUAUUCCAGCCCGUCAACAGGACAGUGCCCCUCUGGUGUCUGGAGGAGCGUUACGGCACUUCACCGGGCUUCGGCCGGGAAGGCAGCUUUACCGACGGAAGGCCAGAUAUGGCUAAGAGGUUGAGCCUCACCACAGGUAGCAUCCAGGCUCGGGAACACGGCUUGUCCCGGGGGAACCUCCUCAGGAAUAAAGAGAAGAGUGGCAGCCAGCCCGCCUGCCUGGAUCACGUGCAGGACAGAAGGGCUUUAGUCCUCAAAGCCCACCAGUCGGAGAGUCACCUGCCAAUAGGCUGCAAGCUGCCCCCCCAGUCUCCAGGUAUGGACACAAGCCCUUGCCCCAGCUCUCCUGUGUUCAGGACUGGCAGUGAGCCUACUCUGAGUCCGGCGCUGGUGCGGCGGUUCUCCUCAGACACUAGGGCAGGGGAGGCAUUGCGAGGGUCAGACAGCCAGUUGUGCCCCAAGCCACCCCCAAAGCCCUGUAAGGUGCCCUUCCUCAAGGUUCCUCCAUCUCCGUCUGCCUGGCUCAACGCGGAGGCCAACUACUGUGAACUCAACCCUGCUUUUGCUGUGGGCUGUCACAGGGGACCCAAGCUCCCCUCGCAUGCCCCCAGCAGCCACGAGGAGCUGCUGGCAGCCAAACACAGUGGGGCAUCAGGUCCCCGGAACUCUGGCAUCAACUACUUGAUCCUCGAUGGGGAUGACCAAGCAAGACCUUGGGAUCCACUGGCAGCACAGGUAGAUGAGGGUCAGGAGGACAAGUCCACCUUUGUGCCACCUCUCAUGGAAACCGUGUCGUCAUUCAGACCCAAUGACUUUGAGUCCAAGCUCCUUCCUCCAGAGAACAAGCCCCUGGAAACUGCCAUGCUGAAGCAUGUGAAAGAAUUGUUCACCAACAAUGACGCCAGGGUCAUUGCGCAGCACAUGCUGAGUGCGGACUGCAAGGUUGCUAGGAUACUAGAAGUCUCUGAAGACAUGAAGAGGAGCAUGGGUGUCAGCUCAGGACUGGAACUCAUUACCUUACCUCACGGACGCCAGCUGCGCCUAGACAUUAUAGAAAGACACAACACCAUGGCCAUUGGCAUCGCUGUGGACAUUCUGGGCUGCACGGGCACUUUGGAGAACCGAGCAGGGACCCUCAAUAAGAUCAUCCAGGUGGCAGUGGAACUGAAAGACGCCAUGGGAGACCUCUACUCUUUCUCGGCCAUCAUGAAAGCCCUAGAGAUGCCUCAGAUCACAAGGUUAGAAAAAACAUGGACUGCCCUGCGGCACCACUACACGCAAACAGCCAUCCUCUAUGAAAAGCAGCUGAAGCCCUUCAGCAAAGUCCUGCACGAAGGCAGAGAGUCCACACAUGUCUUGCCAGGCAGCGUAUCAGUCCCACUGCUGAUGCCUCUUGUGACCUUAAUGGAACGGCAGGCUGUCGCUUUUGAAGGAACUGACAUGUGGGAGAAAAAUGACGAGAGCUGUGAAAUUAUGCUGAACCAUUUGGCAACAGCCAGAUUCAUGGCUGAGGCUUCGGAGAGCUACAGGAUGAACGCUGAGAGGAUCCUGGCAGAUUUUCAACCGGAUGAAGAAAUGAGUGAAAUCUUGAAGACUGAAUUUCAGAUGCGAUUGCUGUGGGGCAGCAAGGGUGCCGAAGUCAACCAGGCAGAGAGAUACGAGAAGUUCAACCAGAUUUUAACUGCCCUCUCACGUAAACUGGAACCUCCCUCGGUAAAGCAGUCUGAGCUGUGAGAACUACCCAGAAGACCUGAGGCAUUACCUGAAGCUUCUCCAGUCUGGUUGGGAAUGCUUAUGGUCUGAUAACUAAUGUGCAAACAAGAUACAAGCGUUUAAUAUCCACAGGAUAUUAAAUGUGUAAAUUGCACAGAGCAUACUUAUUUAUGAAUUGUUUAAAAUUACUACUGAUUUUUAAAUGAAUGGUAAUUUAUUAUUAAGAUAACUAUUGCUAAUGUUGAUCAGCAAAUUUAAGAAGACCUAUCUAUGUUGCUGAUUGUUUAAUAUCAUGGUAUUUGACCAUCUUAGUUUUAAUUCCAUGUCAUAUAAAUGUAAAUAGAGGCAUUUAAAAGAAAAGCAUGAAACAUUGCAGAAGGUAUCAGUUAUAUGAUAUUCUUUGGAUAUGAAACUGUAAAUAGCCAUGAGUGGAAAUAUAUCUUUUUUGUGAAA